AUGUUAUUUUAUCGAGAUGAAAUCGAUGGUCUGCGAGCAAUUGCUGUUAUGCCAGUCAUUUUAUAUCAUGCUGGUUGCAUAAAAUUUAUGCCUGGAGGUUAUAUUGGUGUUGAUGUAUUCUUUGUUAUUAGUGGUUAUCUAAUUACAUCUGUAAUUGAGAAUGAACGUGAAGAAGGAACAUUCUCACUUGUUCGUUUUUAUGAACGACGAUGUCGUCGAAUUCUUCCGGCACUUUUUUUCAUUCUAUUUAUCAGUAGUAUUUUUGCUUAUCAUUGGACGUCACCUGGUCAACUAAAGGACUUCGGACAAAGUUUAAUAUCUAUUAUUGCUCUAUCAUCAAAUAUAUUCUUUUGGUGGAAAGAUGAUGACUAUUUUAUACAAUUAACUGAAGUAAAUCCUCUUGUUCAUACAUGGAGUUUAGCUGUUGAAGAACAGUUUUAUCUUAUUUUUCCAUUAAUAUGUUAUUUAUCGGGAAAGAAAAAGUGUCAUCUUAUUAAUUUGCUGAUGUGCUUAGCUUUAUUCAGUUUUUUUCUUGCUCAAUGGGGUGGCAAUUUUCAAUCAAUUUCCGAUCAUCAAUUUCAAAUGUUUUUUCAACAUUCAUGGGCAUCAUUUUACUUACCUAUAGGACGAGCUUGGGAGCUAUUACUUGGCUCAUUUGCUGCUUUCUACUUACGACUCAACAGUUCGGUUAGUGAAACUUUAUUGAAUAAAUGCAAUGAAUUUUUCGCCGUCGUGGGACUUGUACUGAUCAUACUAUCAGUUCUGUUCUUUGAUGCUAACCAUAUACCUCCAUUUCCGAACUGUUAUACUCUUAUACCUACAUUGGGUACAACAUUGAUUAUUUUAUUCGGAACAAAGAAUACAUUAGUUGGACGAUUACUUUGUCUGCGUCUGUUACGUUGGAUCGGUCUUAUUUCUUAUAGUGCUUAUCUUUGGCAUCAACCUUUACUCGUAUUUUAUCGUCUACGAUUCAAUAAAACAUUAGAAAUAUUACCUGUGUUAGUAAUAGCCAGUACUAUUUUGCUACUAAGUAGUUUUAGCUAUGUUGUCAUUGAGCAACCGUUCCGUCAUAAGAAACUUUUUUCUCGAAAACAAAUAUUUUCUGCUUCUUGUUUAACAGCUAUAAUGAUAUUCAUUCUUGCAGUAUUCCUUAUUCAAACUGCAACUAAUCGAACAUUAUUAUUAAACAAACAAAACGAUUCUUAUCUAUCUGAUAUAGCAGAAUAUCCUGGUUGGAAAUCUACUGCAAAAGAAUUUUUCGACUUAGAAAAAAAUAAAACAUUUUCAAAUCGAUCAUUAACAAAAAACAAAAAAUUGAUACUAAUUGGUGAUAGUUAUGCAACAGACUUUUAUAGUAUGAUUAUUGAAGGAAAACAUUUGGUUAACUACGAAAUUCGUGUGCAUUUUAUUCCUGCACAAUGUCAAAUUUAUUUAAGUCCAGAAAAUCCAAAUCAAUUUAUAGACGGAAAAUUUCGACAAACAUGUUUUCUUGGUAAUGAUAUUAUACAUGCUUUACCACUUAUUUGUCAAGCUGAUGUUAUUAUGUUAUCCAGUAAUUGGUUGGAAUGGAGUACUAGAAAAUUACCUAGGACAUUAAAACUGUUAAAUUUAACAAAACAACAACAACUAUUUGUUAUUGGACCGAAACAUUUCGGUAAAGUUAAUACAAAUUUAUAUGUUAAUAAAUCAACUGAAUAUCGAAUUAAACAAUAUCAGUAUCCAGAUCAAUCCACUGUCAAGGUGAAUAGUUUAUUAGAGCAAAUAAUAGAUAAAUCAAUAUUUGUCAAUAUACUUAAAAUGCUUUGUAUUGGACAUAAUCAAACAUGUCCUCUUUUUACUCCUUAUGGGAAAAUAAUAUCAAUUGAUAGUUAUCAUUUGACCAAAUCUGGUGCUCUUUAUGUUGGAAAUAUUAUUUUUAAAAAUGAACCAUUAAAUAAAUUAUAA